UUUCUUAACCUGUUCUUUUGCUUCCAUCUGCUGGUCAAAUAUAGCCAGAGUAAGACAGACUGCAAGACUUGAAAACCUGUCCCACAAAGGUGUUGGGUGCUUUGAAUGCAUACAGUAAAUCCACGUUCCUGCUGUGUAUGAAUAGGACAGGAUCGGUUAGUUUGGGGAGGGUGUCCUAGGCUGAGUUUUAGGUUAUGCUGGACUCUUAGAUUAAUAGGUUAUAGAUAUACCUGAGAACAGGAGCCUACAGCAGUAUCCUUCUGAGCCCUAAAGUAGGUUCAGAUCACAGCCACUGAGAAUGGUGAUCUAAGGUGUGGUAUUGAAAUUGUGUUAAUGUGCAGAAGGAAAAUGAGAAAAACAGGACUGAUUUGUAACUUCACCAAUGGUGAUUUGGCUGGCCCUGGUCCCAAGGAUGGUUUUGACUGCUAAAUGCAGAAACAUUUUUGAGACUAGAACCUGGCGCUCAAGAAUCCUUCCCUGUGAGUUCUCCCACUGGAUAUGGGUUGGUUUGCUUUGUAGUCUGGCUUCUCUGUAGGCUUUUGGCAGGACGGAUGUGAAGAUCAGAGUUUAUAUUUGGGGUACAGAGUACAGGGAGUUAUUCGCAGAGAGGCAGAAGUUUGGAGCCUGCUUUUUUAAAGUCAGUCAGUGUCUAAGGAACAACCUGAAACUGCAAAGAGGAUGAGAUGCGAACAGAAGCUCGUCGAAAAAAUCUCCUCAUUCUAAUUCUGCAUUAUUUAAUGGAGAAAGGGUACGUUGAUGCUGCAUAUGCUUUGGAACAAGAGACGAAAUUAAGUUUACGUGGCUUUGAAGUUUGUGACAACAUUGAUCUUGAGACAAUUUUGAUGGAAUAUGAAAGCUAUUACUUUGUAAAAUUUCAGAAGUAUCCUAAAAUUACCAAAAAGGUCCCGGACACUGCAGAAAAUAAACAACAGCUGAGAACUAGGGGAAGACCAAGAAGGGCAGCAAGCUCUUUUCAUAACCUCCCAAGGCUCAGACAUCAGACAGUGCAACAACCAUUGUUAACAACCUCAUCUGGAAGUGCAGCAGAAUUCAAAUCUUUCACCAAGAAGAGCCCCAGCCAGAAUAAUGACAGUGCAGUUACUCUGGAGCAGUCUGACUUUGGCUUAAACAUCUCAGCAAUCAGCAAAAGUGGAGGAGAUGGCACUCACACAAGAAGGGUUGGUGGAAACCUAGGCCAGGUAACUGACUUCCAUGGGAUGAUUCAGGAUGCUGUCAAAGUAUCAUCAAAUGGAAUAGUCUUGAACAGCCUUAACUGUGACCCGGAUCCAUCAGAACGAUUAUUAAAACCCCUUAGUGCUUUUAUUGGCAUGACUGGUGAGAUGAGAGAACUUGCAACAGUUGUAAGCAAAGACAUUUAUCUCCAUAAUCCAAACGUGAAGUGGGAUGAUAUUAUUGGGCUGGAUACGGCUAAAAGACUGGUCAAGGAAGCAGUUGUUUAUCCUAUAAGGUACCCACAGCUGUUUACUGGCAUUCUGUCUCCUUGGAAAGGAUUAUUGCUGUAUGGACCACCAGGUACUGGGAAAACUUUGCUUGCUAAGGCUGUUGCCACAGAAUGCAAUACAACUUUUUUCAACAUAUCAGCAUCCACCAUUGUCAGCAAAUGGAGGGGUGAUUCAGAAAAACUUGUCCGGGUAUUAUUUGAGCUUGCCCGGUACCAUGCUCCUUCCACAAUUUUCUUGGAUGAGCUGGAGUCAGUUAUGAGUCAAAGAGGCACUGCUUCUGGUGGUGAACAUGAAGGAAGUCGACGGAUGAAAACAGAAUUACUGGUGCAGAUGGAUGGCUUGGCCCGAUCUGAUGAUCUUGUAUUUGUUUUAGCAGCUUCCAAUCUGCCAUGGGAGCUGGAUUCUGCCAUGCUGCGGCGGCUGGAGAAGAGGAUAUUGGUUGACCUCCCAAGCAAAGAGGCACGGCAAGUGAUGAUCCAGCACUGGCUGCCCGCUGUGAGCAACAGCGGAGGAGUGGAGCUGAGAACAGACCUGGACUACAGCUUGCUGGGCCAGGAAACGGAUGGGUACUCCGGCUCUGACAUAAAACUCGUGUGCAAGGAAGCAGCCAUGAGACCUGUGAGGAAAAUCUUCGAUGCUCUAGAAAAUCAUAAGCCAGGUAACCGUAACUUACCCGUGAUCCAAUUAGACACGAUUACCACAGCAGAUUUCCUGGAUGUGAUCACCCACACCAAGCCAUCAGCAAAGAAUCUAAGCCAGAAGUAUGCUGCUUGGCAGAGAGAAUUUGAGUCAGUUUAAAAAGGAAAAAAUAAAACAAUCCAAAGAUUGAAAACUUCCAAGACUUCUGCUAUCCAAGUGCUGUUGUUUCCAGGAAAGAGAGUGCAGACACAAAAGUCAGGGGGAAUCUUUGCUUUCAAAAACGGUGAACCUUUUUGAAACCUUUUAAUGGUGGGAGGUCUGGUGUUGGUUAUAUUUAAUUAGCUCUUCUUAAUUACCAUUCCAGAAACAUUCUUCAUGGACUUAAUGUAAUGGCAGUUGCUAUGUAAUAAAGACUCCAGCCUUAAUUUUAUGUAUAAAAACUUAAAAGAUC